GACCGUAAACACAGCGCACGCCUCUGGGAAGAUAGCGUCCACGCCGAUAAGCCAAUCGCCUCGCUCUGCCUCGCUCUGCCUCCCUCAGCGCGUCAUGGCGUCGUUGCGCAUUGUCAUUGACACUCUUGUCCUGCUGCAGGUUCUUGGCCCCGCCUACAACCCGGCCUACAUGGCCUUCUCCCUGGAGGACCCGCGCGGUGGCUACGGCGCCUUCCAGUCCCGAGGCCGCGGCCCCGGGAUGGACGACGGUGGUGCCGGCGACUUCGAGCAGCACUCCAGCCGCGUGCUCAAGGAGUCGCCGUGGACCCGCGACGCUCCUGGGCCAGCCAAUCCGUUCUCCGUGGACGAGGACUUCCACGAGGUGCUCAGCAACGAUCCGGCCUGGCAGGUGCGCUACGACAUGCCGACGGUCACGUUGAGCGGCGACGCAGAAUCGUACGGCGGCGGCGUCAACUACCGCACGUCGGCGGGCCGUCGGGUCCGCCAGCACGACCCGGAGCAGCUCGACGACGGAGGCACGGCGGACGCCUUGGCGGACGGCAGCGGGCGCGCGGGCCGGGCCGUGUGGGGCGGCAUGUCUCUGGCCGCCCUGAGCAAGGACAUGCAGUGGCACUGCGAGUCCCCGCUGCGCUGGCUGGACCUAGGUCCCGACUAUUUCCCGCGGUUCCUGCGCUCUGCGGACUGCGGCCACCACACCUGCACGGGGUCCGGCUUUGUGUGCAGGCCGCGCUCCUUUUCCGUCAAGGUGCUGCGGCGACGCGAGGGCGUGUGCGCGCCCGCCGGGGACCUCCCGCUGGAGGAGUCCACCGUCGGCCUGCCCGGCGAACUCCGCGACCUCUGGGUUUGGGAGCUCCGCGCCGUCAACUUCUGCUGUGUGUGCAGCGUGCGCAUGUGAGUCUCAGCCAGGGACACUCGGCCAAGAACUCUCGGUUGAGCGGCCGCUCUGCGUCCUGCUCACCGACGCACUUGCUCUCUCUGUCUCCCCUAUUUCUCCCCUGUCUCUCCUUUAUUUCCUUUUCUUUUUUCGACUUCUGCUAUGUUUGCAGUGCAAUACAUAAAUAUAUAUAUAUUUUUGUUAUUUCUGUUCGAUGUCAUUUUGUUUGAAUGAGGUGAGAGAUUUGAGAUUAUUCAUAGUGUAUCAUCAAAAAUGUUCAUCUUAUUCGCACAAUCAUAGAUCAUCAUAUAUCAUGUCAUAACUGAAAUACUUUACGCUGUCUUUAUACAUGACUAAGUUGUUGUUUGUUUUGUUUUAUUGGUGCUGUUUAGAUUAAUAAAUGGGUGUUUUAAUUAUGCUUCCCCUUUUUAUCAACUCCUGUAAAAUGCCAAAUAUUUAUAAAUUCGCCCUGUGUCAAAUUUGUAGAUAUUAAGAAGCAUUGUUAAUAAUUGUUCUGGGGGCAUGUGUACAUUAUGUGCUUAUUUUAAGUCAAAUAAAAUAUAAUAAUUAGCCUUGAA